UUUGUCAAAAGACUCGUCGCGUUUUGUGACGUCAUCGCCGAUGCGGACGCAGUCUCCCGGUGAAAGAAUUGUCAACUGCACGUGUAACGUUUAAGGCUUGGUGGUCAUGGCGGGAUCGUUCUCUCAGGAGCUGGAGGAGUUGUUGAAUCCGCUGCCGAGGUUUGCGGACCCGGAGGAUGAUGCUGACGAGGCGACCAAAGCUAAAGUGGUAGCGAGAUUCAGCGACGACGAGGAGCCGGACGAUGCUAAUGGCGUCAGCGCUCUACGGAAACACACCUCCUCCCUGCUUCUGGACACAGACCAGCGGUACAAGGGGAAACCGGUGUCCCGUAAGCAGCUGCUGAUGGACACGAAAGGAUAUGAGGAGGAAGACGAUGAUUUUGCUGAUGUGGACGAUCAUGUGGAAGGGGGUGAUGAUUAUGACGUAGAGAGUGAGGAGGAGCUCGGUGAUUCAAAGCUGAUUUCUAAAGACACUACAUCAUCUAAAGAUGUAGACUUUUACAAGAUGACAGAAGGCAUGGAUGAUCUGGGAGUAAGCGAUGAUGAUGAUGAUCAGGAGGAGGAGGAGGAAAGUGGUGAGGAAUCUGAGGGCCUUAGUGAAGGCGAAAGCUCAGAGAAUGAGGAGAUGGAAGGUGGUCUGGAUGAAGAUGUCGUUCGUACAUUUUCUCAGAACAAACUGGACGAGGAGGUUGAAAAAGGCAAGGCUGUGAGGAACCAGUUGGCUCUGUGGGACCAGCUGCUUGAGGGUCGGAUCAAGAUCCAGAAAGCCCUAAUGACUGCCAACCAGCUCCCGCAGCCAACGACUCUCCCAGAAUUUAAGCGGAUGGGUGGAGCUGAGUUUGCUGGGGCGAUGAAGAACACUCACAAGGCCCUAAAGGCUCUACAGAGGUCCCUGCUGGACCUGCACGACCAGCUGCUGUACCAGAGUCCAGACACACAGGCCGUCGCUGUGGGGAAGCUGCAGGAUGGUAACUACGAUGAGGAGAUAAACAGUGAUGAAGAAGAGGGGCUGGUGCAGGAAGCUGGAGUGCCCAAAAGAAAACUGGACAUGGAUGAUUAUCCAGACUUCAUGAGUAAACGCUUUGCAGGCUUUCAGUCUUACCGCAACACCACCCUUCAGAAAUGGCACGACAAAACCCGCCUGACUGCCGUCAAAAGUAGCAAAGGGUUUGGGGCGUUUGAGAGGAGCAUCAUAACCCAGGUGGAGCAAGUUCUGUUGGACAACAAGAGGUUGGUGCAACGCACACAGACCCGGCGCUCAGAGUACAACGUCCUAGGACAGAAUCAAGCUUCUGCUGUCGUUCUUCAGGAUACUGAGGGAGAAGUCGCGGAGCUGCAGUUCAAAGCAAACGCACACCUGAAAGAUCUGGACGAGGACAUAUUUGACGAUGAUGAUUUUUACCACCAGCUCCUGAGAGAACUGAUCGAGCGCAAGACGAGCGCUGCUGACCCCAACAACCAGCUGGCCAUGGGCCGGCAGUGGCUGGCCAUCCAAAAGCUGCGCAGCAAGAUCAAGAAGAAGGUCGACACCAAAGCCAGCAAGGGGCGAAAAGUGCGGUUCCACGUACACAGUAAGCUGAUCAACUUCAUGGCCCCCAUGGACAACAGCUCAAUGAGUGACGAGGCACGCAGUGAACUCUACCGCGGCCUGUUUGGUCAGAAUGCCUCAUCCAGGAUCUGAAUCGGAGAGGACCUGAGUCUGGCUAAAGCUGUGGAGGGGGGGGAGUGAGCUCCAAGUCUGCUGCAGCUCCUCCGACAGGGUGGGCAGUCUGGUCGCUGUGACCUGAUGGGGACAGCAAAUGCUCAGAGGACAUGCAAACAUCCAUAUGAUCAUUUAUAUUUCAAAUGUUUGGUUUUUUAAUCUAAAUUUGUUUGUUUAUGAUUUGGGAUUGCAUGAACCAGACAAAAUACUCAUCAUUUGCUUUGUAUGCCACACUAAAAGUAAUUAUUUAAAAUGUAUUUUUUUUUCUAAUGAGCGUCUUCAACAGUUUGGGAUUUGUCUCAGUUCUCUUACCAGAGUCGGUGUAGUACUGAUUUAAAGAGGUGAUAAAGGAAAGAAAAAGGAUGUUGGUGACACGCAGUUUUCUUCAAGGUUCUUAUCUAUUUCAUUGAGAAUGGUGUCCAACUACAGAAUAUAAAUGUACCUUUAUUUUCUGUAAUUUACCGACUCCCUUGUCUUUUUCACUCAAGUGUGAACACAAUGAAAACCAGUGAAUCUGAAGAACCCGGUAGAGAUCACUCACAUAGAUGCUGGACGCAGGUGGGGACUAAAGACAUCAGAGCAACAACUUCAUGGUUAAACAGUACAAAACUUCUGUAGACAUUUUCUUUGAUCUCAAUAAAACUCAUGAGGUCAAAAAAUGAUCUACGACAUGGAUCUGCUGUAACUGUUCAGCUGAGGAUUCCUGUAAAUGUACAAGGCCUGUAGUCAAGAUUAAGAAUGCAUUUCUUGUGUAACCAACAUAAACAGAACACAUACUUAAAUAUGUUCAUUUAUUUCUUAGGAAAUACAAAAUUUAGCUUUCAAUUAAUGAUUAUUGAUGAAAAUUAAUACGACUUUGUUCAAGUCAGAAAAUUUAAGGGGCCAAUUGGACUUCAACUCAAUUGUAUUCAUUGGAUUUGACCAGCAGAGGGCAGCAAGUGGUUGAUUGUUUGUUUUCUGACAGGCUGAGCUGAUGAACCGGAAGUACUUCUCACUUGUAUGACCUCCGUAAUGCUGACCGAGCUCUGUGAAGCUGGACCGAGUGGGAGUUUAACCAUAACACAUUUCACCCUAAAGUAAAGCAAGUGUGCCGCUGCUAAGAUGAGCACCAUGUUCGCAGAUACCAUUCUGAUCGUGUUCAUCUCCGUUUGCACAGCGCUGUUAGCCGAAGGUAUUACCUGGGUGUUAGUUUAUCGCACUGAAAAAUACAAAAGGUUAAAGGCCGAGGUGGAGAAACAAAGCAAGAAACGUAAG